AUGACCUUGUUAAUGGACGCGAUGGAUCAGUACGACGAGCUUAUGGCGUCAGAAGAUGAACAGCUCGCUGCUCUACAGGAUUCCUAUAAAGCUUUCGAGAUCUUGCACGAAGAACAAAAUCAGCAGUGCCAGACAAAUUUCACAUCAAUGCAUAAAUCCUGCAACACGUGCAUCAUGGAGAAAUGCCAGGAUUACUACAGAAACAACUGUGCCUCUUUGGAGCCCGACCCAAUGGAAAUUAUUGAACCCCCGUGCAAGACAAGGCCCGACUCGCCUUGCGAAGAGCCAGAAAGAACUGAUCAAAGCAUCGGAAGUAAUAUUGAUAGAUUUCCUCCUCGGCCUACCCCUGUUCAGCCUUCUUCUGGAAUGAAUAUUCAAAUUUCGGUCAAUGGCGAGUCUGUUCCUUCCAUGACCCAAGCAUUGGAAAUGAUCAGAACUACAAUGACUCAAAAGGUUACGGAACCGGAAGCUGACUGUGAACCAGGAAAUUCUUUUGCGGAGUUUAAAGAAGUUGUCAGUCCAGUUUCGCGGAGCUCGUCUUACCAAGUUUCGAUGUCCUCAAGUGGAGGAAACGGCAACACAGGCGCGGCGAUGGGCUCAUUGGGAUCUCUUGACGACAUGAUGCAAAAUGAAAAUGCGAAGGAACAAAUGUCCCGCUUUGAAAAUCUAUGGAAUCAAAGAGCUGGUGCUUUUGGGCAGGAUAGAUCUGACUCUUCUGGUGCAUCACGAUUUUCGUAUUCAAUGAGUGGUAGCUCGGGAUCGGGUCCUCGAACUUCAUCGUCGUCCUUCCGAAUGACAUCAUCAUCCGGCGGCAGCUUUCCUCAGGCGCAGAGUCUCGGGUCCUCCAUGACUGGUGGCUGCUCAGAGUGUGGAGGCUGUGGACAGCAGCAACAGGGAAGUUCUGCAUUCCGCCAAAACCCCGUGGCUAACAGCGGCCCUUGCGGAUUCCAGGAACGAGCAGAGGUCGGUCAUGGACGAGACUUAUUUGGUGAAGUCAGACGUGAUCUUGUUUCACUUGAAAACAGCGGCAAUGGCAAAAUUACAGAGAAUGGAAAUACCUUUUCUUACUCUUGGGAAGGAACUGGUGGCAUUCCAGAAAACCUAGAAGAAAUAAUGAAUCUUGGCUUAAGUCGACUAAAUCGCCAGCGAGCGCACAUGCGCAGCGGAUGUAACACCGGUAGAUGCACCAGGAAUUUGCGAGAAGGACUUGCUCGUUCUCGACGAUACUACCCAACAAAAACUCGACGAGCGGUUUCUCAAUGCGCCAUCGAACAAGCUGCCAAAGAAGCUGCCGAGCGUGCUCGCCAAGAAGAAGCUCGUCGACUAAGCGAACUCGCCAAGCAGGGUGGAUACAACUCAGCAUGCUCAAUGCUCAACUCUCAACAUGGGGAAGCACAAACGAAUAUGAUGGUAACACAGCUUUUGACAAACCUCAAAGGAGAGCUCAGUCGCGCAACAGAAAAGUGUAUGUCCAGUGGAAACUGCCAUAACACUCGAGUUAAUAUCAACAUCGUUGGACGAACUUCUGGCGGCGGGUGCAACCCUGAUGAUUCCAACUCACCAUGCAAUCAAGCUCAGUCGCUUUACGAUCAAACCCGAAACAAGAUCAAUGAGUGGACCAAUACGCAGACAAAUACACGAAUCGACUUCUCCUUCAAUGGCUCUGGUCAACCACAGCCUCAACCAACACAAUCACCAACUCGACGACCUUAUUACCCAGAAACUGAUGCACCUUAUGUCGCUCCUCAGCGCACGACCCCAGGUCGAAAUGCUCCAGUUCAGCCAAAUACCGACUCUAGCAGCGUCCCUGUUGAUAAUUUCCCCUCAAGACCAAAUCCAGACGACUAUUCGUAUGAUGGUUCACAGUCGUACGAUGACAGCACAGUAGACUCAGAUUACUAUUCCAGUCUAGAAGAAAAUAUGAACCAGCUCGUUGAAAAUCCAGCUGAGUGGGCGAUUUGGGGUUCGUGGAGCUCAUGCGACAUCAACUGCGCAAACGGAAACGAAAAAGGAACUCAAGUUCGACGCCGAAAUUGUGAAAUCGACCGACAAGUAGUGUCCAAUCUUCCAGUUGAAAAUUGUAACAUUGGAGACGAUGUACAAUACAGAGAGUGCCUGCCAGUACCCAAGCCAUGCAAUACCUGGGCCCACUGGGGUUUCUGGACAGAAUGCUCUGCAACUUGCGGUGCUGGUACCCGAGAGCGAACUCGCUCCUGCAUGUAUGGUGGCGAGUGCCAGGGACCGAAGACUCAACAGGAAGCUUGCACAAACCUUAUUCACCCUGAGUGUCCGACUUGGUCCGAUUGGAAAAUCGCUGCCGAAUGCUCAGUCACCUGUGGUCAAGGUGUUCGCUCAUACUUUAGGACUUGCCAAAAUGGACGAAUCAAUGAGCCCGGUUGUGUUGGACCUGCUGCUCGACAAGAACCUUGUGAUACAGGAAGGGAGUGUGCACUCUGGACUCAGUGGUGCGAGUGGACUGGUUGCUCCGCCACAUGUGGUCGAGGAGCUCAAGUAAGAGAACGUCAGUGUGUCAAUGGCGAGCCUGGAGAACCUGGAUGCGAGGGACGAGCAAACGAGAGAAAGAUCUGUUAUGCCGAGCAAAUAGCAUGUCCCGAGUGGACACCAUGGAGCGAAUUUACCGCUUGCUCUGUGUCUUGUGGAGAAGGCCUGAGAACUCGAGUUCGUGAUUGUCGCAACGGAAACAUCGGCGACGAUGGAUGUAUCGGAGAGCCCGAAGAAGCUGUCGAGUGCGAAGCCAGUCGUCAAUGUCCCUUCUGGUCUAUUUGGGGAUCAUUUUCUUCUUGUUCCGUCACUUGUGGAGAAGGUGAGAGGACAAGAACACGCGAAUGUGUCCAUGGGAGAGAAGGAGAAAUUGGAUGCGAGGGCACCUCCGUCGUUGUGAGCAUGUGCUACGGUGCUAGACGAGAAUGCGAAUACUGGAGUGAAUGGAGCGAGUAUGGACAGUGUUCUGUAACUUGUGACCGUGGAACACAACAACGAACUCGUGAGUGCAUCAAUGGACGGCCAGGUGACGUAGGCUGCCCUGGAAGCGCCUUCGAAGCUAUCCCCUGCGAAGAAGAGGCGUGCAUCCGAUAUGUUGAUUAUCCUGAUGCCAAUCCUGAGCCAGUAGAAUGUGACGAGAAUCCUGAUUAUGGAGAUCAAGAUAAUCAGGAGCCACUCGAACGAAUUGAAAUCGAGCAUCGCGAGGAUGAGCCAUUUGUCAUGCCUGCUCCACCUCCAACCAAGGAACCCACCCCAGCCCAAGAUAUCACUUGCGGUGGAAUUCUCGAACGCGACUCCCAGCAAUGCUCCUCUCUUUUCCAAGAGAGUUGCGCAGCCUGUGACUCUUCCCUAAGCUCUGUCUGCUCCGAGUAUUAUAGCCUCAAAGUCAAAUUGGAAGAGCUUCAUCACGAGAUGAAACAAUGUGAAGCUCGCAAGAAGUUCUACGCUGAGCGAAAAGCUGAACUUAACAUUCAAUACAUGGAACUCCAACAGAAUGUAAACGAAAACCACCAAUGGGCGUUGAAUAUGGCUGUCAGUCUUCUCCCCGCUGACGCUACAUCUCCAGCGGAAUACCCACCUUGCGAUAUCAAAUCUGCAACCGUACAACCCGAGCCUAGCCAAUUCGGCUUCACGAUCUCCGUUGUUGCGAAAAUGAACGUAACCCCCUAUUCCGAAAUUCGGAUCGACAUGGACUUCAACCAACCUUUCUCCAACUGCUGCAGCAGCAGACAAACAAUGGCACGAACUCGACGAUCUCUUGGAAAUCGGCUUAUUCUUAAAUUGAGGCAGAUUUCUGAGCGAAAUACGCCCAUGUCUUACCCCUAG